UCAGGCCACUUAAUAUCCCUCUCAAAUAUCAGUACUAAAUGCCUAGAAAACUUAAAGCAGGUGUUUAGUGUCUUCUUUAAUUUACCAGCAGCAGAGUCCUUCAGUCAUCAGUAGAGAAAAGGAAACAUGUCUCAGGAGGGAUAUCAGGCUGCAUCAGGGAAAAACACCGCCGACUCCAGCUUGAAUACAGAUGAAGCGCAGAGGGCCAGCCCCGGGAAGACGCCGAUACAAAUCCUGCACGAGUACGGCACUAAAACUGGAAACCUGCCCGUGUAUGUGAUGGAAAAGGCUGAAGGAGAGGCUCACCAACCCAGCUUCGUCUUCAGCGUGAGAGUCGGAGAUGUUAGCUGCACAGGUCAAGGUCCCAGUAAAAAGGCAGCUAAACAUCUGGCUGCAGAGGCUGCCCUGAAUAUUCUGCAGAUAGAUGCUGGAACAGUGAAUGUUCCUGUGAAGUCUGAGAGUAACGGUGUUGCAGCAGAAACAAACAGCCAUCCCAACUCAGUGGGGAUACUGCAGGAACUAGCGUUGCAGAGAGGUUGGCGUCUUCCUGAAUACACAGUUUUAAUGGAGGCUGGUCCACCACAUAAGAGAGAAUUCACUGUUACUUGUAGGAUGGAGUCCCUGUCAGAGAAGGCUGUAGGAAAUUCAAAAAAGUCUGCGAAAAAGGCAGCUGCAGAGAAACUGGUGGCAAAGCUUCAAAGUCUGUCCGGCUGCUCUGAAAUCACAUGGGCUCCCACACCAAGCGUCCGAUUUGAGAACUUGAGGAACUCAUCAGCAGAGAAGAUUUCCUUAUUGAGAAGAAACCCACUGAGCAUUCCCAACACAGAUUACAUUCAGAUGAUGCUGGAGUUGUCCAAGGAGCAAGGUUUUGAGGUCACAUACUUUGACAUUGGUGAGCUGACGGUGAACGGCCAGUACCAGUGUUUGGCAGAGCUGUCCACCACCCCCGUCACCGUGUGCCACGGCACAGGUAUCUCCUGCAGCAACGCACACAACGACGCAGCACACAGUGCCCUUCAGUAUAUUAAAAUCAUGGCGUCCAUCAAGUAAAACCAGCACAGUCAAACACUGCUUCACCUGCAUUGUCACGUAAACCAGCUCAAGUCGAGUCAGGAGGAGGCUGUAUAUCGUUCUUCCCACUAGUCUUCCUGCCUGUGGACGAUAUGAGGUUAAGGUAUAUUUUUAUAGUAACAUAUAAAGCAGAUCAUGUUCCACAGUGGAUGAAGGUUCAUUACAGCACUGUUUAUGAAGAGACAUACUCAAAGAAUUAAAACAAAAUAAAAUUUUGUCAUCAGGCUGUUAGGACACCAUCAUGUUUACAUAAGAUGUCCAGCGUAUUUAAGCAAAUGUACAUGUGUAAAUGAAGAACAGUGAGUAAUAUGAAGCACUCCUUUUUACGUGCAUAGUCUGAGCUGUCAGUGCUUUAUUUGUCCACAAGGUUUCUGUGUUGUUUGAAUGGAAAUACUUUUUUUUUUAGAAUGCUGAUGCUUUCAGGUUUUUGUGUGCUCUGACUUAAUUUAAUUUUUUAUUCUAGUUUAGUCUUCCCAGUGACAUAUUGAGCUGUAUGCUGAAGAUCUUUAGCUUUUAAUUUACCUCAGAGAUACCUGCCUUUCUGUUAAACUUUAAAUGAACAAAAGCCGCCUGAAAAUUUUUUUAAAACUUGGGAUUUAUUUUGUUUUCUUUUAUCUAUCUGUACGCAAUCUACAAUCUUUAUCAGGUCGACUCUCAAAGUGUCAAUGAUGUUACUUUGCUGCCGACACACAUAUUCCCAUUCUGCUGGUCUGUUGCCAUUCUUUGCAGUGUGCCUCAUAGUAUGUACAAGUAAAGUCUGUGAUUAUAUUUAAUAUUUACUGACAGGUAUUUAAUAUUUACUGACUGGUAUCCUAUCCUCUGCUUUAUGAACUGAACCCUGGUGGAGAAUAACAGCAGCAACAACAACGUGUGUCUGUGUGUGUGUGUGUGUG